AUGGAGAUGCGCUGUCCCGUGCACUUGUUGUACAUGGCCAUUUAUGGGCUCACACGUUCAAACAGCGAUUGGGAAGAUCAUGCUGGCGGCCGCUUGUUACUUAAGCAUUGGCUGCAGGCUCGUGACAUUGAGCGCCCGAUUUUCAAGAAAGAAUAUAACGGGCACAUUGUGGGCAUGGGCCGUUUCGUCGAUGAUUUCAAGCUGGCCGGACACAAACCAGUGCUACCACAUGCUUGGGCUGAGAUUUUCGAAUGUUUCGAUUUCGCGGACCCGCCUCUACCUGUCAGCCUAUUUGUAGGUUCCGAGGAGAACUUGUCACGUGACCAUGCUGACGUCGCCACAUUCACCGUGAGGCAGGAUGCGUACAUCGACACACUCACGAGGAAGUUCAUGGAUGAGAUAGGUGCAUACACACUUCCACGGUACGACCCUCCGGCUGUGAAGUUGGCAGCCAAUGACGUUACAAGUAUGAGCGAAACAGGUCAGUUUGCAACAAAUUGCGGCUCGUACUUGGGGGCCGGACUGUGGAUAGCUAGGAACAGUCGUCCGGAGAUCUCGUUUGCUGUCGGGUGGUUGGGUCGGUACACCACAAAAUGGACGAAAAAACAAGAUGCGGCUUUGCACCGUUUGAUGGGGUAUUUAGCGGCGACUCGAACCUCCGCAAUUCGAAUGGUUCUCAAUCCUGUUGAUGUGCAGCAGCACACUCUGAAGCUAGUACUGUGGGUCGAUUCUGAUUGGGCGACAGAUCCCGAUACGAGGCGAUCGACGUCAGGAGCUGUUUUGCAACUUGUUGGGUCGCACGGCACUCGAGCGACGUUUGCUUGGCGAUCGCAUCGACAAGGUGCAAGUCAGUGGUGUAGGUAG